UCCACCCCAUCUUCACAUGCUCAAACCUGACAUCUCGCCAGCUGGCAGUAGAAACAUGACAACUGGUACCGGUCCGUAGGCGCAUCAUUAUCUCGAAAAAUAGCGGGUUUCGGACUCGGAACCGGCCCCCGGCAAACGUCCCCCCGCCCCCCCUCGGGCCGCUCCCUCCCACCUUCCCUCGGCCUGAACGCAUCAACACCACCAUGUCCUCCUCCUCCUCCUCGUCCACCCCGCUCCUCCGCCCACCCUCUACGCGCACGCUCUGGAUUGCCGACAAUUGGACCUCGAUCUUAGGCGGCACCGUCCUCGUCCACCUCGCGCACUACCAGUACCUCACCCGCGUCCGCACCCCGAACCCGAACCCCCUCAAGAAUGCCCGCUUUUGGGCUGUAGCCGGUGGCGGAUGGAUGCUCUCCUACCUCGGCAUCAUCACCGGAAUCGCCGUCGCUCAGGCAAAGGUUAACCACUACCGCGACCCCGAGUCCAGUUUCCUCUACGCCGACGACCGCUGAUCUCGGCAUACCUCUUU